UUUUGCUUUCUGUAGUGAAAUCGUGUGAAAAUGUCACUGUAUCCUUCCUUGGAAGAUCUGAAGGUGGACAAGGUGAUUCAGGCACAGACAGCUUUCUCUUCAAAUCCUGCCAAUCCAGCAAUUUUAUCAGAAGCCUCAGAACCCACCUUUCAAGAUGGAAGUUUAUAUCCAAGACUGUAUCCUGAACUUUCCCAGUAUAUGGGUCUGAGCCUGAAUGAAGAGGAGAUACAGAGAAACUUGGCAGUGGUUCCUGCUGCUAAUUCUCAGGGGCUUGUUGCAAGGCCUUCAGCGGUGAAUUACAUGGUGGCUCCAGUAAGUGGAAGUGAUGUUGGAAUUCGUCGAGCAGAAGUUAAGCAAGGGAUCCGUGAAGUAAUCUUGUGUAAAGAUCAGGAUGGAAAAAUUGGGCUUCGUCUUAAAUCAGUGGACAAUGGUAUAUUUGUCCAGUUGGUUCAGGCAAACUCUCCGGCAUCGCUGGCUGGGCUGAGGUUUGGGGACCAGGUUCUGCAAAUCAACGGUGAAAACGGUGCAGGAUGGAGUUCUGACAAGGCUCAUAAAGUUCUGAAGCAAAUACCUGGCGAAAGGAUUUCAAUGAUUAUUCGUGACAGGCCUUUUGAGCGAACUAUUACCAUGCACAAAGACAGUACAGGACAUGUUGGCUUCAUAUUCAAAAAUGGAAAGAUAACUUCAAUAGUAAAAGACAGUUCUGCUGCUAGAAAUGGACUCCUGACAGAACAUACCAUCUGUGAAAUCAAUGGACAGAAUGUAAUUGGCCUGAAAGAUUCCCAAAUUGCAGAUAUCUUGACAACAGCUGGAAAUGUAGUGACCAUCACCAUUAUGCCUUCUCAGAUCUUUGAACACAUAAUAAAGAGGAUGGCCUCAAGCAUUAUAAAAGGCAAGAUGGAUCACACCAUCCCUGAAGUUUAAAAUUUGAGCUGUUUUGUUGUGGAUGCAUCUAUCAUGAGAACUGCUUAACUCUUCAUUCAGAAUUUAUGUUCUGCACAUGAGACUUUAAAGCCCAAGAGAGCUGCUGCGUUGCAUCAUGAUGUUAGGGCUGGAAACAUCACAAUCCAGUAUGUUACCUUUGUUUACCAGCUGUGAACUUUGUAGCCUUAUACUAGCUUCACAAAACAUAGAACUAUGUAUAAUGCUUUUUUCAUAUAGUUAUACUGUAUAUUUUCCCACUUCCUAUAAGCCAUAUCAACGGAAGCAAACUAAUGUAUUCUGUGUUAGUAUUACUAUUUGUGAUUAAAGCCUGUUGCUGCUCUUUGUACUCUUUUCAGAUAAAUUAGUUUUUCUACACUACUUUCUGCUUGCAAAAAUAUCCUCAGUGAUGUCUUCUAGUGCUAGUAAUCAUGUUUACAAAAGCAUGCCAGUUAAA